UCCUCAUUGCCUGGAACCAUCAUUCAUCCUGUGACAUGUUUCAAUAUGAAAAAUGCUUCUCUCUCCUCCCCUCUCCCUCCCUCCUCGUUCUGCACUUCUGUCUCUAGUCCAAACCUGUAGCAUUUGCUGUGAAAACGAAUGUGAGCUACUGUGGUGCCCUGGAUGAGGAUGUGCCCGUUCCCAGCACAGCCAUCUCCUUUGACGCCAAGGACUUUCUUCACAUUAAAGAGAAAUAUAACAAUGAUUGGUGGAUAGGAAGGCUGGUGAAAGAGGGCUGCGAGAUUGGCUUCAUCCCAAGUCCUCUUCGGUUGGAGAACAUACGUAUUCAGCAAGAACAGAAAAGAGGCCGAUUCCAUGGCGGCUGGAUUCUAUUUUAUCUUGGAAACAUGCUCUUGAAGACUCUCUUUGCCUUCACCCCAAUGAGAGCCUACUUUUAAAGCAAAGGGACACUUAACUGCACACAUACUGUUCUUGAGGAGGACACAAAGGUUUGGGGUUCCAUUGUGUUCUGAACUCCAGCAACUCAGAAAUUCACAUGAAUUCCACAGUGGCAGCUGCUUCCUGUGGGCUCAGAAAACCUAUCUGCAAACCCUAGUUUUCUUCUGUGAGAGUUACAUGGGGCCUCAUUUCUCAAGACAGCUCAGGUAGCAGCUGACAUGACCAAGUGUUGUGGUUUUGCUUGGUUCUCUGUCAAAAGCUGUGUCCAAUAAACUCAGAAUGUGAUGGUGCGGGACAGUCCUGGGCACACUUUUCUUUACUUGGUUUCUUGUGCCGUCAUCUUCUGCUGACACUGUGCUGAAGACACUGGGGAGCUGCAAUGUACCAGCCUCCCAUGGUCAAAGGAAACAGCACACAGACUUCAGAGCGCAAGUGGCAGGUCCCAGGAGGGUGAGCAGUUUGAGAGAAGUCCUGACUGCAUUGGGUCUCAGUGGUACUGCUACCUGCCCUGAAGCACAGAUUUCAAAUGUGUUAGCAAGUUUUGCUAAUGUUAUUGCUGUGAGACAAUCUCGCUAUGUAGUUCAGGCUUCCCUUUGGUGAGGCAAUUCUUCUGCACCAGCCCCACACCCUAGUGCUGGAUCACAACUGUGCAUCGCCAUGUCUGACUGAAGCAGUUCUUUCCUUUUAUUCAAUCUCUCUUUCCAGUUAAUUUUUCUAAAUAAAAAAAAAUGUUGUGCUAUUUAAGUCUUCCCUAAUGAAAACCUUUCAAUAGUAAUGGAAGAUCAUAGAGGUAUAGUUAAGCACCAUUCUAAUGAUUAAUCUUCUGUUAGGGUGUUUUAUUAUUAAUCCUUUGGUUCCCUUUGCCCUAGACAUUUCAUUCUCUAUGCUUCUUAGCACAUCAGGAACACUUGGCCCUUCCAGGGGGCCUUUGCAUUUCCUUCCUCCUACUGGGUACCUCUUCCUCCUUUGCUGUUACCAGAUCACUCCAUCUCCUUCAGGUGCUUAUUGCCGUUCCAGUGACUCCUUCCUUCCCCACUGUAUUUUAAGUUGUAUCCACUCCAGACUCACCCUUUCCCUGCAUUUCCAUCUCUUUCCAAAUAAAUUGUUUCUAUUAUACUUACUACUCUCAGAAAAAUUAGAUUUUUACCUAUUUCUCUUGUUUGCCUUGAUUGUCUCCUACUAAAAAGUGUCUCAAUAAUCUCCCACCAUUGUCGCUAUUAUACACACACACACACACUUUUUUUUUUUUUUUUUACUUCAAGGCAAGAGAAACAAUAAUACCAAGGGCUCAUUCACAGAAGCUAAUUUGUCAGCUUCUCUCUGUAAGGUAUAGAUAACUCCUAUUUCCAUAGAUGGGGAAAACAAACACCCAAAGAUGUGUUGCAGUAUUUUCCACAGGCAGUAAGUGACAGAACUGCUCAUCAUUGGGCUAUAAACAUACAUGACUUACUAUUGAUAGCCCCAUUACUGUUGAUAGCAGGAAAAGUUUGUGGGACAUCCCCGACCCCAUACACUUAAGAAGCAUUUCUCCAGGUCCUCUUGCUUGUAUUGAGCUGUCUGGCCUCUGACUGGUACUUCAGUACUUGAAUUCAGGUAAACACAUAUCUCCACAUUGCAUCCUUGCCAGGGGUCCUUCUGCCCAAUUUUUGCACAAAUAACAGGGAAAGAGAAUUUGCCAAGCAUUUCCAAGUCUCAGUUAGAUCUCCACUUUCUCUGAGAAAUGAGGUCAGCGAAAUCAUUUGAGCAGAUUCCCGAAGCUCUUCUAACAAGCUUUGGUAUGUUUUGAAUUAUUUAGUAGAAGGCCAAAGAACACCUUGGAUUCUCAGUUUCUGUUUUCAAAGGAUCUGGGGCGAGAGUCUUAAGUUUGUUUCCAUGGUCUAGGAAAUCGAGUGGAAACUCUUCCUCCAGUUUGGGUGAAAUGGUGUCAGGAACAUUUCGAGCGACCCCCACAACAACAGAGAUUGCAUAUUUUGAUGUGGCUCUCAUUGUUGUCUUUUAGCAAAACAGAAGCAGAAAGUGGUAAGUUGUGUUUCCUUUUUAAACUCCUGCUGAGGUUUCUAUCUGUACAUGCCUGCGAUGCUCCAUUUCUGUGACCCACAUACCUAUAAAGUGAGGGAUGGGCCUCCUCGGUGGGGACCCUUAGUCGUCACUUCCUGUCCAGCCUGAGAAUUCUGGAUGUUGUGGCUGUGAAGGAGACAGACCCAGCCUCACCUUCUCACUCAUGUCGACUGGUCUUUUUCAGACGGAGCACAUCCCUCCUUACGAUGUCGUGCCAUCAAUGCGUCCUGUGGUGUUAGUGGGGCCAUCUCUGAAAGGUUAUGAGGUAACAGACAUGAUGCAGAAAGCCCUCUUUGAUUUCCUGAAGCACAGGUUUGAUGGGAGGAUAUCAAUAACAAGAGUGACAGCUGACAUUUCUCUUGCUAAGAGGUCUGUCCUCAACAAUCCCAGCAAGAGAGCAAUAAUUGAACGUUCAAACACCAGAUCCAGCUUAGCGGAAGUACAGAGUGAAAUUGAAAGAAUUUUUGAAUUGGCAAGAUCUUUGCAACUGGUUGUUCUUGAUGCAGACACCAUCAAUCACCCAGCACAGCUUAUAAAAACAUCCUUAGCCCCCAUCAUUGUUCAUGUGAAAGUCUCAUCUCCAAAGGUUUUACAGCGGCUGAUUAAGUCCAGAGGAAAGUCUCAAAGCAAACACUUGAAUGUUCAACUGGUGGCAGCCGAUAAACUGGCCCAGUGCCCACCUGAAAUGUUUGACGUUAUAUUAGACGAGAACCAGCUUGAGGAUGCAUGUGAACAUCUGGGCGAGUACCUGGAGGCAUACUGGCGUGCCACCCACACAAGCAGUAGUACCCCCAUGACCCCACUGCUGGGGCGGAACGUGGGCUCCACAGCCCUUUCACCAUAUCCCACAGCAAUCUCUGGAUUACAGAGUCAGCGAAUGAGGCACAGCAACCAUUCUACAGAGAACUCUCCCAUUGAAAGACGAAGCCUAAUGACCUCUGAUGAAAAUUACCACAAUGAGAGGGCUCGUAAGAGUAGGAACCGCUUGUCUUCCAGCUCACAGCACAGCCGAGAUCACUACCCUCUGGUGGAAGAAGAUUACCCUGACACAUACCAGGACACUUACAAACCCCACAGGAACCGAGGCUCACCUGGGGGAUACAGCCAUGACUCCCGACAUAGGCUUUGAGGCUGCCAAAACAAACAAACGAAAAUACUCAUCUGUUGACAAUUUGCCAUAGCACUGCUAGGAUAAACCAGUCAUCUUAAUUUGGCAAGUGUAGCACAGUAUCUGCUGUGCAGGUGGGCUGCUGUCAUUUGAUCUAAGGGGCAGGAAUUAAAUAGAAGUACAUUAUGCCCUUGAGUCUAGACAGGUAUCAGAUGCCCAAUCAUAUAGGUAUUUUUAAGUGCUACAUUUACAUGAUAACAGUACCUUUUAUUUUCUUCAUAGACUUUAGACACAUCAAUUUGUAAUUUAGGGUACUUAUCAAGGCACAUAUAAAAUAAUUUCCCAUGUAGGAAAUUCCAAAUGACCAGUUCCAGUUGGAACCAAUUUAUAAACCAAUUCCUGUUGGAAUUUGGGUGAAUUGACUGGAAAGUCUACUUGAGCAUGUUGAAAUCAAUUGAAAAGUCAAAAAAAAAUAUGAAAAUCAAAAUACCAAUAGAAACCCAAAGCCACUUGUGGUAUUUAUUUGAUGAAAGCUAAAUUUACACUUCAAUUUGGAAUGUAUAAACAUUUUAAUAAUAUGUUAAUGUUGCCAGGAUAGCUUUUCAAACUUACCAAAUGUAUUGAUAGUGUCCCACGUCCCCAAAUCUCAGAAAUCUUAAGCAGAAAUUAUAUAAUCGCCUCAGAUUUUAAUAUUUUUCUUUUUCCUGACACAGCUGUUGUAUUCAAAGUAUUUUGCUUUUUGUUCAGUCCGUACUGUUAGUCAGUUUGAAGCUGAUGAAAUAAAGGAGGAAAGGAGUUUAUCGUCAGUGAGAAUGGUAAAGAGAAGCUGAAGCAUGGCUAGCUAUAGGAAGUGGAAAAUGAGGUGUUGUUCCUUCUGUUGUCAGUCUGCGUACAACUGUACACAUCUGGAGAUGUGAAGUCAGAUAGCAGAGAUGUGGCCAGACAUUUCUGAGUACAAAGGCAAUCAGCUCCAGAUGGGAAACCACCCAUCCCACUGCUCACGGACACUGACUUGGGAGCUCUGCCAGCACAGCUGAGUGUCUUUCCCUAACUUCACUCAGUCUCUCUUUGAAUAUAGAGAAUGUUAUAGCACUAUUCCACAGCUUUUAAAUCAAACUAAUAACUUUCUGUUUGCUUUUCGUGGACAUAAUAAAAUUAGGUAUGUUUUCACAAGAAAAUCUAACUGGGAAAAGUUAAAACACUAUAUUAAAAUCUUGCAGAAAAAAAAAACCUAGCAGAUUGAGAAUAUAUCUGUUCACUAAAAGUGAGGCACUUGUAAUGCAGGGCCUUUGGGAGUUUGGAGACUGCUGUGUUUCAUUGCUAGUGGACAGCCUUUAGAUGAGACUGGUGACCCAUCUCCUAAAGAUUAAAGAAGACUUUAAUCCAAGAAAUGAUUGAAAUUGACUUUUAUACAAGAAACAAAUGUCUUUAUGAAAGGACUUGUUUCUAAAAUGACACAAUGCAUGUGUUUUCUAAAACCCCAACUGGAGCUAGACAUACCGGUCUCUUUCUACUAGUAAAAUGCCUUGAAGUCAAUUUUUGAAAACAAGGAUGAUUAAUUUUAUAUUGUUGUUUUCCCCCAAAAUGUCAAGACCCGGGCCCUCAAAACUAUGCACCAGUUCAUUAAUUUUCCUGAUCUGGAGAAAAAGUUUCAUAUUCUUGAUCAGUUAUUCAUAUCUUGAGUCCCAUCAACCUCAUGUGCCCUCCCCUCCCCUUGUCUCGACUGUAUGUGCAUCCGUUAUGAACCUGCUUACCUGAUAAUGAGGCUGCCUGAAAUUUUGUAAGUAAUCUCAAACAUUUGAUACAUUUAAACAUGGGCUCAGUAAAAUGGACAAGCUGACAUAUGAUACUGGCUUGUGAAGCUCUUUGUCAUCUAGCGAGGCUCACAGAAUUUUCUGUUAAGACAUUUAAGAGAGCUGCAUCCAUUGGGCUCUUUAAUAACCAUAUAAUCUUCCAUUACUGCAUACUUUGCUAGAGCACAGAAGAGCAUUUUCCAGCAAACAAACUAUAUUUAUUACAUGUAUAGCACAUAUUUGCAUGAGAAAGAAAACAUUAGCCAAACAUUUUCCUGUAUGCUUUCCUGGUUUCUUGUUUGUGCGCAUUAAAGCAUUCAAUUGCAGAGAGUGCACUGGGGUGUAAUAAACUUAGAAUAGACUGCUGUUCAGCUUUUUCUGCAGUAGCAUUAGCAAUUUGGUCAUUUAACUACUUUAAGAUAUUUAUGUUUUAUGGCAGGUAGCUGUAACAGCAUUUACACAUAUAUCCUAGUCAACAAAGGUACCAUUUCUUUCAACUUUGAAGAGUCACUUAUUUCUCUAGCCUCUCCAGCCUUUCUUUUCCCCCCCUUUUACUCUUCCAUAUCAUGCUGAAAGAGGGAGGCCCAUUUAAUCUGUGCACAAAAGUCAUCUGUCAUUUGCCAUACCUAUUUUGCUUUGCAGUUCUAUUCAAAAGCUAAUAAUAUUGGAAAGGGUAAAAUGUAUAUUUUUGAUGGAUGUAUUUACUAUUUUGUUUUAAUUUGGCAUAUUCUUCAUCUUCCUCUUAAUAAUAAGUUUCUCUCCUCCAAAUGAAGAGAUAGACUCUUCCUUUCUUUCUAAAGGCUGAGUUGCUUGUAUAAAUGACUAAAAUACAGAUAUAUACUAAACAAAAGUUUUAUUUUUGCCAAGAACACCAAGCACCUCUAGGAAAUACAUGUUCGACAAGUAUUCUGUUUUGAUUCAUUUCACUCAAAAUGGAAAAUGAUGACAAGCAGGCCAAAUAUUUCUAUAUCAUUUGAGGCUGUUUUCACUUAUAGAAUAGACCAUGUUAAAAUUCUGUGAUUUUUUUAUGAUGUGUAAUAAUGCAGACUCAUCCAACAAUGUGGAAAAGGAAGAAAUGCAAUUUGUGGGUCCUUGUGCUUGUUUCCAAGGCUAUAAAGUCACUCCAAUAUCAUAGUCAACACUGCUGCCUUGUUUAUGCUAACACUUAAAACAAUGUGUAGUGGUGUUUAUAAAUGACUGAUGACUUACUCUCACCUGUAUAUAGCUCUAAUGGGGAGAAGAUUUGGAUUGUUAUCAAUUACACUCAUGGUCUUUCCUAAAAAGAGUCUCAAUUGUGUGACUAUAUAAAUCAUUGCAUUUCAUCCUUAAUGGAAUGAAUUUUAAAGUCUGAAACCAUUUGAGACAACUAUUAGUUCCACUUUUAAAAAUGUGUUAUUUACUCUAAUUAUUAUUGUUGUUUGCAAAAAUGUAUUUUUAGAAUGUUAACCUCUUUUCAUACCUGCAUACUUGAACUUGUCUUUUGUGUGGGGGCCUUAAAUUUCAUAAUAGAGAAUGGGGGAAGUAAAAAGGGAAUGAAGACAAGGAAAUUGUGGCAAAAGAUAGCUCACAAUCUUCAGAUCUUUAAAUAAACAUAUCCCAAAAUAAUGAGACACAGUAUGUCAGUUAAGAAUGUUUUCUAGGCAACCUUAAUUUGCAAGCUAGUAUAUUUUCUUAUAUAAUUUUAUUUUGAUAUUUGCUAAAAAAAAAAACAAAAGAACACAAUACCACCAUACAAAUUGCCCGCUCUAACGAUACAUGUAUACUACCUCUUCUCUAGAGAAAACAGUCGUCUUUAAAAGGAAAAGUUCUGGUCUUAGAGUGUCUGUUCUGCAAAUGUUGCUACAGUUAAAUGCUUAAAAGUGUUAAAUAUGCCUGCCCUUUAGAUGUUACAUGGUUUUCAAAUGCGCUAACCACAAUUUCAUUUCUUCCAUGUUAGCAAGGUUUUCUUGGAAUUGAUUCGUGGCUUAUCAUGAAGUGAGUUUAAUUUAACAAGAAGCCAUCCUAGGGAACAAAGCAAACUGAAAGGAACUACCUCUGUGUGAAAAGUGUCACCUAUAGCUCAAGGUCUAAGGAAGAGAAAUCCAGAGACUUGCUGUUUAAAGGCAGAGUGGGUUGAUCCUCGACUUGUAUGGGCACCUAGGGUAUGCUGUAGCCACUUACUGGGUAUGCAUCUGCACUGUCUAGAACUCUUGUGUAAUUGGAACAAACUUCAUAUCAAUGUUUCAAAUAAAUGCUUAUGUAACCUCUA